GCACCUCCCGGCAGGCCUUGCGGCUCCUCGCUUCACGAGUUUCACGGUGACUAGUUGGCUGUAGUUGAUUCACUUAAUUAAUAAAUAAAUAGUUGGUGUCAUGGCGGAAUCCGCAGCUUGUCCUGCUUUCCAGCUCGGAAGACCCCGAUACGAUCAGAGUUCAUUCCUCGGGCGUCUGAGACACUUUGUAGACAUCAUUGACCCCAGCACUCUGUUUGUGUCUGAGAAGCAUUUAAAAGACUGCAUCAAACUUCUUGAUGAUUACAAAUGUGGCACACUUCCAUCUGGAGUGUCUGAUCAUCAGCUGUGGGAAGCCCAAAAGAUCAGGCAGGCCAUCAUUCACCCUGACACAGGAGAGAAGAUCUUCAUGCCAUUUCGAAUGUCAGGUUAUGUACCAUUUGGAACACCAAUUGUUAUUGGUCUUCUUCUCCCAAAUCAGACUGUGGUGUCCACCAUUAUAUGGCAGUGGCUGAACCAGAGUCACAAUGCCUGUGUGAACUAUGCUAACCGCAAUGCAACCAAGCCGACGCCUACGUCAAAGUUUCUUCAAGGCUACGUUGGAGCUGUGACAAGUGCUGUAUCCAUUGCAGUGGGACUGAAUGUGCUGAUUGGGAAAUCCAACAAGUUGAGUCCUGCUAGCCGAAUGAUAAUACAGAGAUUUGUCCCGUUUCCAGCUGUUGCGAGUGCAAAUAUCUGUAACGUGGGCUUGAUGAGGCACAGCGAGUGGUCCGAGGGCAUCGAUGUUCUGGACGAUGACGGGAAUGUGGUGGGAUCCUCCAAAAUCGCAGCAAGACAUGCAAUCAUGGAGACUGCCUUUACACGUGUGGUCCUCCCGAUGCCAAUUUUCAUCCUGCCUCCCAUCAUUAUGUCCUACCUCGAGAGACUGCGAUUUCUGCAGAGCAAUCGCAGAUUGCUGCUGCCCAUCCACAGCAUCAUGUGCUUGGUUACCUUUGGCCUGUCAUUGCCUCUGGCCAUCAGCCUGUUCCCCCAGAUGUCUCAGAUCGAGGUGUCCCGUCUUGAACCGGAGAUUGCCAUGGCAACACAUUGCAAGGUGGUGACCUACAAUAAAGGUUUAUGAUGAAGGGUUCAGAGUGGGAGAGAACUCUCAGGCUCCUCCUGUUGGCAGGUUUGGGAACUUUCUGAUGGAUUAUCAAAGCAGAUGGAUUAUCAUGUACUAACCUGGAAUCUUUCCCAGCUUCAGUGAACUUCAAUGAAGUUCUAAAAUAGCACAGAGGCUUUGUAUACAGAUUAAAAUGAUAUACUGCCUGUUUUAAUCAGAUGUAAAGUGUGAAACAUAUUUAACAAAUAUCAUGAUGUUGUUCUGACACAUUUCCUGAGACUGUCGGCUUCGCUUAUGUGGUUCCAAACACACCACAGAGAAAUGACACUAACCAGGCUGCACUGUU